AUGUCUGUUGAAGAGCAUGUUGCAAGAUUUUUGCACAUUGUAGGUGAUGUUGUCCCCAAAGAAAUUCAAGAGAAAAAGAGAUUCUUUCCUUACUUCAAGAACUGUGUAGAAGCAAUUGAUGGUACACAUGUUCGUGUCAAAGUACCUAAUAGAGAUGCCCCUAAAUAUCGUGGCCGCAAGGGUUACCCAACGAUAAAUGUGUUAGCUGCUUGUUCAUUUGAUUUAAAGUUUACAUAUGUUUUAACCGGUUGGGAGGGUACUGCAUCAGACUCAAGGAUACUAAAGAAUGCACUUAAUAGAGAUGAUAAACUAGUAAUUCCAAAUGUAGACACCGGUUUGCCUCACUCAACUACAUUAAUAGCGCCAUAUAGAGGUGUUAGGUAUCAUUUAAAAGAAUAUUCCACUCGGGCACCACAAAAUGCUAGAGAGUUGUUCAAUCUUCGUCACGCUUCAUUACGUAAUGCUAUAGAAAGGGCAUUUGGUGUUCUAAAAAGAAGGUUCCCUAUCAUUAGAAUUGAAGAUUAUGACAAAGAUCUUGAAGAUGAGGUAUUACAGGAGGUGUUAAGUGCACCAACAGAGGAAAACCCGAUAAUGAACAAGCAAGAACCUACUGUAAAUACCGGUAAGAAGUCACUCUUGAACUGGACAGAACAUAUGGAUGCUGCAUUUGUUGAUGCAAUGGUACAACAACAAGAAAAAGGAAAUAGGCCUUAUAAAAAUUUUACUUCACAAGCAUAUACGAAUAUGAUUGAGGAGCUCAAUAAGAAACUUACAAUGAAUUUAACUAAAAGUCAUCUAAAAAAUCGUUUGAAAACUUUGAAAUCUACUUUUUCACAACGGUAUGACAUGUUCAAUAGGAUUUCCUUGAGUGGGUUCGGUUGGAUUGCUGAUACCCAACUAAUUGAAGCAGAUGAGGAGGUUUGGGAUAACUUAAUUAAGUCAAAGCUUGCACUGAAGACAAAAAAGGUGGCCCACUUUGAACAAAUGUUGGUAUUAUUUGCAAGAGAUAGAGCUUCAGGAGAAAAUGCUGAAACUGCAAAGGAGAGAAAUGCUAGGUUCAACAACACUACGGACAUCAAAAUAGAAAGUAUUUCAGAGGUUGAUUCUUUAUUAGCAAGUAAUGAUGUUAGACUGGAGAACCAACGUGUGGAUGAUGAUGAAGAUGACAUUCAAGUGGUGUCUCCUACACCUGAACAAAAUUCAAGUGCGAAAAAAUGUAAAACUAAAAAAAGAAAGCUCGUAGACGAAGUAGAAAAGGAAGUUGAACCUCAGCCUCAACCUGAACCUGAAACAUUGAAACACAGAUUAUGA